AUGGAUGUCUUCUACGCCUACACAUACUCUACAGCCGGAUGGCUAGCUCUGCAGAGCGUCCCUCUGGUCACAGUCCCAGAAAUGAUGACAACCAUGUUAUCCGAGGAAACCAGACCGCCUACCUCGGUCGAGGUGUAUUUCGCCCGUUGUCUCGGCUUCAAUCUAUUCACGCUCGCCAUUUUGGUCGUGAUGUUGACGGGCUCCGUCCCCUUGACUUCCAGCGUUGUUGAACCAGUGACAACGGACGAUUCUGACCCCAAGGCUCCGUAUGCGGUGCCCACUUUGAUCGUGACCACCAUCUCCAACGGCCUCUCAGCAUUCUAUGCGUAUUCGCGCUGGACAACCUCUGACCAGGUCGCUUUUGCCAUCGGAAUGUCCGGAUACGCGCUGCUGGCAGCCGUGGGGCUAUGGUGCAUCCUUUUCGCGAGCAGUAACGGGAAAAUCAGCCGAAAGACAGGGGCCGACAAGAGAACCGCCGGAUUUCCGUUCAAGAACCAGGAGGCAGCCAAGAAACAUGCUGGGAAGAAGAGUUCGUGA